AUCCCGGGAAUACAGAGGACGGGGACAUCUCUCUGGUGGGUUCCCAUGACUGGAUCCACCUACCUGAUGAUGGUGAGGGAUGGUGUGACCUUCCUGUGUGGAAUCCCGGGAAUACAGAGGACGGGGACAUCUCUCUGGUGGGUUCCCAUGACUGGAUCCAUCUUACCUGAUGAUGGUGAGGGAUGGUGUGACCUUCCUGUGUGGAAUCCCGGGAAUACAGAGGACGGGGACAUCUCUCUGGUGGGUUCCCAUGACUGGAUCCAUCCUGAUGAUGGUGAGGGAUGGCUGAUUGUCCAUCAUGACGUCCUUGUAGAGGUCCUUGUGUCCUCUCUGGUGGUCCUCCAUCAUGACGUCCUUGUAGAGGUCCUUGUGUCCUCUCUGGUGGUCCUCCAUCAUGACGUCCUUCUAAAUAUUGAUGUGUAUCAUCUGCUGGAGAUAACAUACAUCACAUGACUAUGAAGGAAGAGGACGGACAUG